CUCCAGCUUCCUCACACACACACACACACACUCAGCAGAGUGUGUUGGCCAAAUUAAAGUGAGCUACCGCUGUUGCAGCUGCAAACACGCCGAUAUGGAGACGGUGUUUGUGGGAAAGGGCUGUAGCCAGAGAGUGGCCCGGAGGAUGUAACUGUUGCCCCGGAGUCGCUGGGAACGAUACUCGGUGUGAAUACAAACGGAACGACCGAGAUAGAGGGACCAUGGUGGGCAGAGCAGCAGCAACAGCGGCGGCGGUGGUGGUGGCGCCGGCGGCGGGAUGAGCAGGAGGGUUUCACGCUGACCCCUAGCUUCAUAUCUCUGAAAUCAGAACCAACUUGUGAUAAUUAAAGGAAAAACUCUCAAUCAUGUCGGAUCCGAGUCACUGGUCUGCGGUGCCGAGUCAGAAAAAGUCCCAUGCUGUUCCCGGAGCGUUGCUAAAGCGCUCAAAAAGCUGUCGCAGCAGCAACAGGAAGAGCCUCGGUGUCGGGACACCAUCACCCACGCUUUCCCGGCCGCUGUCUCCACUCUCUGUCCACACUGCUGCAAGCAGCCCUCUAGACAGCCCCCGAAAUGUGUCUAACAGUGCCUGCCUCAACUUUCCAUUUGCCCGAAGUCACUUGGCUCGUGCUGACAGAGCUGAGGGCAGGAGGUGGUCUCUGGCUUCCCUCCCCUCGUCUGGCUAUGGAACCAAUCCACCGAGCUCCACUGUUUCGUCUUCCUCGUCCUCGCAGGAGCGCCUCCACCAGCUUCCAUACCAGCCAACACAAGACGAGCUGCACUUCCUUUUCAAGCACUUCCGCAGCACAGACAGCAUGACCGACGAGGAUGGAAGGCCCUCGACUGUCAUACGACCCCGGUCUCGGAGCCUCAGCCCUGGGCGAUCCACAAUUUCUUUUGAUAAUGAGAUCGUCAUGAUGAACCAUGUUUACAAAGAACGUUUUCCAAAGGCCACAGCUCAGAUGGAGGAGCGCUUGUUGGAGAUUGUCACCCACUACUCUCCAGACAGCUCUCUCCCACUGGCUGACGGGGUGCUGGGCUUCAUCCAGCACCAGUUGGUCGAACUGGUCAGAGACUGCCUGGAUAAGUCCCAUAAAGGCCUGGUUACCUCACGCUACUUUGCUGAGCUGCAGGAGAAGCUGGAAAAGCUGCUACAUGAGGCCUUUGAGCGCUCUGAAAGCGAGGAGGUAACCGUCAUCUCCCAGCUGGUGAGGAAGAUCCUCAUCAUAAUCUCUCGGCCGGCUCGCCUGCUCGAGUGUUUGGAGUUUAAUCCGGAGGAGUUUUACCACCUACUCGAAGCAGCAGAGGGUCAUGCCAAAGUCGGCCAAGGAAUCAAGACGGACAUCCCACGGUACAUCAUCAGCCAGCUUGGUCUGACAAGGGACCUGUUAGAAGACAUGGUGCAGCUUGAACAGUAUGAUGCUGGUCCUUCAGUGGAACCAGAUGCUAAUCUGGAGAAUAAGCCCCCACAGACUCUGACACCAACUCGCAGGAAACCUCUAGAAAGUGACUUUGAAACCAUCAAACUCAUCAGUAAUGGAGCCUAUGGGGCUGUGUAUCUGGUCCGUCACAAGGAGACCCGCCAGCGGUUUGCCAUGAAAAAGAUAAAUCGCCAGAACCUGGUCCUGAGGAACCAGAUCCAGCAGGCGUUUGUGGAGAGGGAUAUCUUAACCUUUGCAGAGAACCCCUUCGUUGUCUCUAUGUUCUGUUCUUUUGAGACACGACGUCACCUCUGCAUGGUCAUGGAGUAUGUCGAAGGUGGAGACUGUGCCAAUUUACUCAAGAACAUGGGCCCUCUGCCUGUAGAAAUGACAAGGAUGUACUUUGCUGAAACGGUCCUGGCCCUGGAAUACCUUCACAACUAUGGCAUUGUGCAUAGGGAUCUCAAACCUGACAAUUUAUUAAUCACAUCCAUGGGCCACAUCAAACUGACAGACUUUGGCUUGUCCAAAAUUGGCCUAAUGAACAUGACCACCAACUUAUGCGAGGGUCACAUGGGGAAGGACACAAGAGAAUUUGUUGACAAACAGGUAUGUGGUACUCCAGAGUACAUCGCCCCGGAGGUGAUCCUUAGGCAGGGCUACGGCAAGCCUGUGGACUGGUGGGCAAUGGGCAUCAUCCUGUAUGAGUUCCUGGUCGGCUGUGUCCCGUUCUUUGGAGACACUCCUGAGGAACUCUUUGGCCAAGUUGUCAGUGAUGAAAUUAUUUGGCCGGAUGGAGAGGAUGCUUUACCUGUUGAGGCUCAGGACCUGAUCACCCGCCUGCUGAGCCAAAGUCCUCUGGAACGAAUGGGAACUGGUGGAGCCGUCGAGGUCAAACAACACCCCUUUUUCAAUGGCUUAGAUUGGAAUGGACUCUUGCGCCAGAAAGCUGAAUUCAUCCCUCAGCUGGACGCAGAGGAUGACACAAGCUACUUUGACACUCGAUCAGAACGCUACCAUCACAUGGCAUCUGAUGAGGAUGAGGAAACCAAUGAUGAAGAGUCUUCCUUGGAAAUCAGACAGUUUUCAUCCUGGUCACAUCGCUUCAGCAAGGUUUACAGCAGCACAGAACAUCUGGCAACACCCUCCAACCUGAGCUUCUCUUCCGACCGCAGCCACAGUGAAGAUAAAGAGGACCGUAGGGACAUGGGAGGACUCAGUCCUUCCCCAAUUCCAGCAGAGGGCAGCAUGGAGUGCAGACAUGCUGGACAUAUGGCCAGUCUUCAACCUCGAGCCUCUUCCAGCUCCUCCCAGUCUGAGAGGAGCACCAGCCCUCUGGUGAUGAGCAGCACACACAGCCUGGAAACAAUGCCCCGCUUUGCCCUGUCCACUGAUGAUGAAGCUGAGGUGGUCGUAUCAAACCUUCGGAGAAUCAGGAUUCGCAGUAACAGCACUGGGGCCAAGCACUCGUCCCCGAAGGACCCUGCUGGCUCUCGACGCUUUGGUAACCAACUGGAUACACCGGACAGGCAAAGGAUUCCCUGUGGAGGAAAGGUCCCAAAGUCGGCCUCUGUCUCAGCCCUGUCCCUCAUCAUCACUUCAGACGACUCGCCCGGUGGCCUUCAACCCAGUCCCAUUUCCCCGCGCUCACUCUCUUCCAACCCUUCUUCUCGUGAUUCAUCUCCCAGUCGUGACUUUUCGCUAGGCCACAGCAGCCUGAGGCCACCCAUCAUCAUCCACACCUCAGGGAAGAAGUUCGGCUUCACUCUGCAGGCCAUCAGAGUGUACAUGGGUGAUAGUGACGUGUACACGGUGCAUCACAUGGUGUCGAGUGUGGAGGAGGGCAGCCCAGCACACCAAGCUGGUCUCCACACAGGAGACCUCAUUACCCACGUGAACGGAGAGUCUGUCCAAGGCCUGGUCCACCCUGAAAUGAUAGAACUGUUGCUGAAGAGUGGCAGCAAGGUGGCGCUUCAGACCAUAGCACUGGAGAACACGUCGAUCAAAGUUGGUCCUGGUCGGAAAAGCAAACACAAAGGCAAGAUGGCUCGUCGCAGCAAGAAGAGUAAGAGGAGAGAUAAUUACGACAGGCGACGAAGCAUCCUGAAGAAGCUGUCGAAGCAGAGCACAGUGAUGCACAGCAGCCGCAGCUUCUCUUCAGGUCUCCAUCAUUCUGUCUCCUCCAGCGAAAGUCUUCCAGGUUCCCCAACUCACAGCCUCUCCCCCGGCCCAUGCACUCCAUGCCGUAGCCCUGCACCGGACCAUCAGGCCUUUGAAAACAACUCUCCUCAGAGCACAUCUCCUUGCUCCAGCUCUCCCAGUUCACCCGCCGCACACAUCCGGCCCAGCUCACUCCAUGGCCUGGGCUCCAAACUCAGCACGCAGCGUUACACCAAGGUGGGCCGCCGCAAGUCAACCAGUAACAUCCCUCCCUCACCUUUGGCCUGCAACUCCUCCUCAUCCUCUGCUCAGCCCCUUUCUCCACAGCGCUCGCCCUCCCCACUGCCAGGCUUCUCUAAAAGCCUUCACACUUUUCAUGGCAAAACCCUGUCCCCGCCCACCAUUGUCAGACACAUUGUCCGUCCCCGCAGCGCCGAGCCGCCUCGAUCUCCCCUACUUAAGAGAGUGCAGUCGGCCGAGAAACUGUCUGGAGUGUAUCAUGCUGAUAAGAAGUCUUACGCCCCACGCAGGCACACGCUGGAAGUGCCAUUUUAUGGUGAAGCUGAUGUACUGUGUGACUCAGAGGCAGAGGGCACCUGUGGGGGCUCCUACAUUGGGGCCGAUCACAGUAGGCUGGGAGGAUACAUCGGCAGCCAGAGGGUGAGAGACUCUGGUAUUGAACGAUCUGAGCAGCUGGUGGUGAUGAGAAAGCUCAACCUAUCGGAGCGGCGGGAUUCUUUUAAGAAGCAGGAGGCGGUGCAGGAGGUGAGCUUUGACGAGCCAGAGGAGAAAGCCAGCGCCACAGUCACAACGGCCACCACAGCACCAGGGGCCCAAACACAACCGCAGCCGCAGCAACAGCAGCACAGGAUGGCCUGGAUCGUCACUCAACCCCAAACAAGCAAAGAGGUGGAGCUGGAAGUGCCUGUGGUGAGGAGGUUCACCCUGGUGCCCCAGAUCGCCGUGCAGGGUUCAACAGAGAGUGAGGAGCAGGAUGAGUGGGAGCCGUGUUCAGACAGCGAGGAAAUCACAGAAAAACCUGAGCAUGAUGUCGGUGUCUCUUCAUCUCAGCAGCAGCCGGCGGUACAUCCUCUGAUUGACAAGAGCUGCAGUCACGCAGCAGAAACGGCUUCCAAUUGUCCUGAAGCUGGACGAUCAAGUGAGAAGACUGAGUGUCAGGAGGAAACUCCACAAAAAGGGCCUCAGAGAAAGUGACUGCUCACUGCUCUUCUCUCAUUUCAGCUGCUCAUCUUUCAAGUGUUUCAAGUGUAACAUGCAUCACCACUGAUGGAAAACUCCCCAGUGUUUUUUGUUUUUUUUUAAGUCUAAGCCAGAUGAACUGGAAGCUGUAAACUAAUUUACAAACCUGUCUGGCUGAAAGGUAGUAGGCGAGACUUUCACUUGAAUUUCUUUUCUCCUUUUUUUUGUAAAUAUUUGCGUUGAUGAUUUGUAGACAUCUUGUUUGUAUUUAUUACAUUUUAUGAGUUAGUAACAGGGAAAGAGGGAAAUUCUCUUUGGUUGAGUAGCAACGGCUCAACAUUUUUGUAUAAAUAAAGUGGCUUUUUGUCCUUUGACUGUUUUUUUGUUUGUUUUUUUCCUAUAAAUGUCUAUUUUUAAAAUAAACUGUCGCAGCACAGACUAGUUUGAUACUGCGAUGCAUAACUGUUGCAGGACCAAAAGGUACAAGAAGCAUAGGGCUUGUGGGUUUUAGUUUUUUUUCUUCUGUUGAAUUUGAACUGUGCAGCUUCCACUAGUGUUGUACUGCUACAGGAUGAUCUGGAUCUUUCUUAAACCAGUAACCCAGGAACACUUGUUAAAUCUAAAGUACACAUAUACUGAUACACAUACUGAUAAGAGAAUAGUGUGUUGCUGUGCUUAGCCCCUACAUCCUUCACAACACACUUGAAACAAACCAUUAAUUAAUGCUGCUGCAGAAAAAUAUAGCCGAGUGUGAAAGUGGAAAGUUUUGUUCAGUUGAACUUCUUCCCCAUUUUGCACUUUUCAGACAGAACAGCUGUCAAUGAUGUUUGGAGAGGAAAGAAAUGUCCAGUUGUGGUUGUGUGAUGGAAGGAGACUGUGUUGCGUCUGUGGGCUGUUUUUCCUCUGACAACGUAUUGGGGAAAUAAAAGUACUUAAUUGAA